AUGGAGCACAUAGCAGCCCCAGGCCCCAAGCUAGGGGUCCCAUCUCAGGCCAUUGAGAAUGUUCUACCCCUGGCUGAGGACUGGCUGCCAGGAGUCCCUGGAGAUGCCCCAGCCUGGGCCACCAGUCUUAAGACAGAGCUUCCAUCAGAUCUAGAGCUGAGUGAGGAGCAGCGACUGCAGAUCUCCAAGGAGCUGGUUGACAUGCAGAUCACAACGCAUCGUCUGCAGGUGCAGCACGAGGCUGAAAUCUUUGAGCUGAAGAGUGAGGUCCUGCGGCUGGAGAGCCGGGUGCUGGAGCUGGAGCUGCAUGGAGACCAUGCAGCCUCAGCAGAGGCUGGUCCAGAGCACCUCCAGGCAUUUGCACAGGAGCUUGAGCAAAAGGCCAAGGGUCAGGGACAUGGCAACCACCGCAUCCUGCAGGCAAAGCCUGAGGACUCCCAGCCCCCUGAAAAUGAGCUGCAGAAGCUAGGAAAUGACCUACAAGGAGAAGUGAAGUGGGUGCUGGAGCAGCAUAGGACCAGGCAGCAAGCACUGGAGAGGCACGUGUCAGCCCUGGGCCAGCAGCUGCAGGGAGCCCAAGAGGAGGUCAGAAUAGCUGGGCAGCGACUGGCUGCACAAGCUGUGGGGUUGUCCACCUGCCAGGGCCAACUACGCCAGGCCGAGGCCGAAAACAGCCGGCUACAGCUGCAACUCAAGAGGCUGAAUGAGGAGUACACUGUCCGGCUGCAGCGCUGUGCCCGAGCCCUGGUGGAGUAUGCAGAUGGUGCAAACCAGGUACCAACAGCUGGAGGAGCCCUUCAGACAUUCCUGGAGACCACUCUGGAGGACAUCCGAGCAGCACACCACAGCCGUGAGCAACAGCUGGCCCGGGCUGCUCGCAUCUACUGCAAGCGCCUGGCAGAUGUGAGCCGGAGACAUGAGGAGCUGCUAGGUGCCCACAGGAGCCUGGAAGCUGCAUCCUGGGCCCAGAUCUACCAAAAGCUCCAGAACUUCUACCGUGGCACUCAGGCAGAGCUGGAACGGGAGCGGGCACAACUGCUAGUCCGAGCCACCAAGGCUGAGGAGCAACUUUCUGAGCUUCAGGAGUAUGUGGACCAGCACUUAGGAAGGUACAAGAAGGAGAUCCUGAGGCUAAGGAAGAUGGUGGGUUCAGGAGACACCCAGAAAGUGGGGGCCAUGCCUCCAGCCAAGCCUCAGCGCCCCAGGACCCGCAGCCGCUAGCCG